GCCAACUCCAACUCUCUGGUGCCUCCAUUGCCACAUCUUUUUCCAAUGUUACUGGCUUCAGUGUUCUUGGGGAAAUCCAACCAGAUCAAUUGAAGAACCGACGGGGAUUGAAUUACCAUCGGACUAUGUGGGUGCACUGUACACCCGUAUAGAUUUGGAAAAACCACAUAUACCGAUAAAACGAUGGGAGACAAGAUUUGAACCCUUAACCUCCCACCCUACCAAGAAAUUGGCUCUUCUUGACUCUGCACUAUUUAUGUAGAAUGCCCAAUGCGGACCAGGGUCUAUAACACCAGAUCCAAUCAUACAUAAAUUAUUAGGUGGUGCUGAACUUGUACCACUAAGUUAUCACAGUUUGGGAUGUCAAGUGCACUGGAGACCUUGUGUGGUCAGGCUUUUGGAGCAGAACAAUACCAGAGACUUGGAACCUAUACUUAUGGGGCCAUCAUAUGUCUCUUUAUAGUUUGUAUACCAAUAUCCCUUCUGUGGAUCUUCACUGACAAGCUGUUAAUACUCACUGGCCAAGAUCCUGUAAUUGCAACUGAGGCUGGCAAAUACUUGAUCUGGCUCAUACCUACACUAUUCCCUUAUGUCAUUCUCCAGUCACUUGGUUGCUUUCUCCAGACUCAGAGUUUAGUCUUUCCAAUGCUGCUUAGUACAGUUGCAUCGGUAUCCUUACAACUACCUCUUUGUUGGGUUCUUGUAUUCAAGUUGAAGCUUGGGAAUGCUGGAGCAGCUUUGUCAAUUGGUAUAUCAUAUUGGUUAAACGCCAUCUUGCUUGUGCUGUAUGUGAAGUAUUCUUCUUCCUGUAAAAAAACUCGUGUUCCUUUCUCAAUGGAUGCUUUUCAAACAAUGGGGGGAUUCUUCCGUUUUGCUAUCCCUUCCGCUGUAAUGAUUUGUUUGGAGUGGUGGGCAUUUGAGAUAGUUGUGUUGCUGUCUGGCCUGUCACCAAAUCCUAAGCUAGAGACCUCUGUGCUAUCUAUAUGCUUAACCAUUACUUCACUGCACUACCUCAUACCGUACUCUUUUAGUGUUGCUGCAAGUACACGGAUAUCAAAUGAGCUAGGAGCUGGGAAUCCAGUGGCAGCAAGAAUUGCUCUUUGUACGGUACUAUUAGAAUCUGUAUCAGAAUUUUUUCUGGCAAGCAUAACUUUAUAUGUCUGCCGUUCCAUACUUGGAUAUGCCUUCAGCGACGAGAAAGAAGUUAUUGACUAUGUCAAACGCAUGACUUAUCUUCUAUGCAUUUCCAUCAUCAUGGAUGGCACACAAGCAGUAUUAUCAGGGGUAGCAAGAGGAAGUGGAUGGCAGCACUUAGGAGCUUAUGUAAAUCUUGGGGCAUAUUAUCUGGUUGGAAUUCCGGUGGCUUUAAUCCUGGGAUUUGCACUGCAUUUAAGAGGAAUGGGUCUCUGGAAUGGACUGGUCGCUGGAGCCACGGUGCAAAGUCUUCUCUUGUCCAUCAUCACAGGCCUGACAAACUGGGAAAAUCAGGUAAUUGAAGCUAGACGCAGAAUAUAUGAAGGGGAAGAAGAAAAGGCCACUCCAGUGUGAGACCGUGAGUCAAUUGGAUGGAAAAACUAGCAAUUGCAGGGCACAAAUGAGCUUUUUCAUGUGCUUGAACUGCACUAAAGUACAACUCUUCAAAUGAUAACGUAAUGUCGAGAAAGUUUAAUUGCAUAAUUCAAAGAUAUGCUAUAAUUCAUUAGUGCCUUUCAAUUAACUGCAUUCAUUCUUUGCAGUUAAUGAAAUAUUUGGUAAGUAUUAAUAAGUAAGAUAAAGAUGAUUAAAAGGUUUUGGUCUAGUGGUAAAAGUUAAAUUUACUCCCUUCUAGAAAAAACUAAAAAAAAAAAAAGAUUUGGAUGAUAACAUGAGUUAAUUUAAUAGUGAAAGCGUCGAAACUCGUUUUGGUCAGUCGAAACUCGUUUUCCUCCAUGGCAAUAUUUUUGUUGCACUUUGCCUCCUGUUAUUAAGUCACACCUAGCUUUUACAGAUAAACUCUAUAAAGUUUCAUUUUUACCUUAUCUCCAUUUUCCUCUUUUCUUCUUUUUCCUGCCCAACUUUUUCAUGUCACCCAUUUCUAAUGAUAUUCAUUUGUUUUAGAAAAUCAUGAAUUGAGUUCCCAAAAAAAAAAAAUCUAAUCAUAUUAAGUAAAUUCAAAACCUUGCUAUUGUUAAACAUAUUCUUUCUAAAAUUGUGAAAUCAAUAAAUGGAGGUACGACACAACUUUUGGUAAGAUAUCUCUUUUGCACGUGUCAUGGAAAUUUGAAUAUUUCAAUCGAAAAUUUUGUUGUAAAACUUGGAUGGUAUUCUUUUUUUGCUAAUUAUUUUAUGACUUUUUAAUGUAUGAAAUGAUUUGAUUUUAGAUUAUAAAAUAUAUUUCAAGAGCAUGUGAUUUUCUCAAGUGGUUGGAUUCCAUUUGUAAGGAGUACGAACAUCAUCCCGAAAUAAAAAAAAAAUGAAUUCUCCAAACUUUAGUCGGAGGAGUCGGAAGGGGGGUGGGUGGGCAUUGCUCUUUCCUUGUGUUUGAACUUUGAAGGUCAAUACAGUGAAAGCAGGCUUGGCAGUUGGUGCGGUCUGAGACUAAGAGCUUCCAUUAUCACAUUUUGGAGGGGCCAAUGUUCAAGCUUUUAAACCAUUUUAUAACAUUCUUCCAAAUCGUGGUAAUCUUUUUAGUGUUUGUUAAUGUCCACCUUUGGCACUAAAGCAAUUCCUUGCUUGUCAUUUCCUCCAAGCUUUUCUUUUGUUGAGUGGUACAUUACCAAUUUGGCAUUUCGCAUACACGAAAUUCUGAUGCUAUAUGUGGAUGAUUUACUUGAUACAGCACUCUCAUAAGAAUUUUUUUCUGUGCCUGUCCAAAAAUGGCAAGCUCAAGAAUCAACGAGGAUAGGAGCAACCGAUCUGCUGCUUAUAGAGCAGUCUUAGAGGGAAAAAAACAGUCAGUAGAAACCUUUCGCAGUUUCUGGAGGGAAGAAGGUGUGAAACCACUUGAUAAACGUGGUGAUACUGUUCUCCAUUUUCUGGCCGUUUACGGAAAUGUGGAUGCCUUCAGAUUACUUCUCCAGGAUGGUCUUGUGACAAUUGAAAAUCUGAAGGCAAAGAAUGUCAAUGGCCACACUGCAUUGCAUGAAGCUGCAAGAUUUGGCCACAAGGAUGUUGCAGAGAUCAUGUUAAGG